GAUCAGAAUUCCAGACCCGCUUCCGAUCGUUACAAGAAAAACUUGGCUCAAAAUCAUGGCUCUACACCGAUGGAUCUAAAACAGACGAAUCAACUACCUUUGCUGAGGAAUGCUACCUCAGUACAACUCCAUCUUUACAGCCGAAGCCUUCGCCAUACUACAAGCCUGCCUCUUCGCCAAGAAACACUUUGGACAAUUUGUUAUCUGUACCGAUAGCCUCUCCACCUUAUCUUCUUUAAGGAACUGGGGGCACACCGAUCCCACAAUCGAGGAGAUAAGAAAGCUUUCCACCACCAACAAGAUAACUCUCUUAUGGACCCCCAGCCACCAAGGAAUCGUUGGCAAUGAACUAGCAGAUCAGGCUGCUCAGGACAUGAGACUAAAACCGUCUCCUCUGUUCAGUCCUUUCAACAGCAAGGACAUAAGUAACCUAAUCCGUCAUCACCUUAAGGACAAACAAAUUGGAGAAUGGGAACUUUAUAACCACCGAUAUUUUUCCAUCAACAAUACUUUUACAAAAAUUUCUCUGCCUGCCUACCUUGGAAAGCGGGUAUGCUCAACUUUCAUUCGCCUUCGCAUCGGACACACCCGUACAACACACGAACAUAUUCUUACAGGAACACCACGUCCCUCUUGCCUUUGUGGCAAACGCCUUGAAAUAGACCAUCUUCUUAACUCAUGCCGUCUUCUAGAGAGCACCAGGGCUCACGUUUUCAAACAACAUAAACCAUCCGACAGUUUAAAUGUAGUUUCUCAAGAAAACAUAACAAACCUUUAUACAUUUGUAAUCAAAUCUAACCUUAAUAUUUAAGUAUUGUAAAUAAUUAACUAAGUCUCGAGUCGUAGGCCAUAGCAGCUAGUACUCUUUUAAGAAACCCAUUAGAUUUAGUAUUAUAUACUAGAUUUAAUUUUGUUAAAUAAAUAAAUAAAUAAUCUGCUCGUUUGCUUGGCGCUUACUGAACUGACUUCCCAAGAGUCUGCUUUCCAAAUUUAUACUUUCUACUCAAUUCUUUUACAUUGUUAGCCAUCUCUUUCUAACAUGUAUGUCAG